UUCACUAUUUUAUAUAUUUGAUUUUUUAAGCAUAUAACUUUUUUUUAUUGGAUAAUGUUAUCAUGAAUUUUUCUAUUUCGUAACCACAUAAACAUAAUUUUAUAGAGUUUUUAUAAAAUAUAUAGUAUUUAAUUUGUAAUCUAAUUUUUUGUUAGCUAUUUUUAAUCUAAUUAUUAUUUUCUAAGAAAUAGAUAUAGACACAUGUCAAUAAUUGUUAGGUUAUAUUACUUAGGACUAAAUGAAGUAAUUUGUUUUCACGUCUCUUAUGAUAUUUUUGGAUAUGAUUUGCAAAUUUUAUCUGUUUUCUUAACCACAUAUUAAAGAUUUUAUUAUGGAAUAAGAUAAUGUAUAGUUUUACAUAUAUCAACACGCGUCAAUAAUUGCUAGGUUAUAUUAUUUAGGACUAAAUGAAGUAAGUUUGUCACAAUUUCUUCAUGAUAUAUUUUAGAUAUGAUUACUAAAUUUUAUCUGUUUUCUUAACCACAUAUCAGAGAUUUACGAUAGAAUUUGAUAACGUGUAAUUUUACAUUUAUCGACACAUGUCAAAAAUCGUCAACUUAUAUUAACUAUCAUUAAAUUUCUUAAGCAUAAAUUAACAAAGCCCCAAUUUUUAAUAUAUAAAAUUAACUUUUUUCAGGAUUCUUCUAUAUAUGCUUAUAAAUAUUAUAACUCACUAUUUUAUAUAUUUGAUUUUCUUAAGCGCAUAACUUUUGUUUUAUUGGAUAAUAUUAUCAUGAAUUUUUCUAUUUCGUAAUCACAUAUCAUAUUUAUAUAGAGUUUUGAGAAAAUAUAGUGUUUAAUUUGUAAUCUAUUUUUCUGUCAGCUAUUUGUAAUUUAAUUAUUUUCAAUAAAAUAGAUAUAGACACGCGUCAAUAAUCGUUAGGUUAUAUUACUUAGGACUAAAUGAAGUAAUUUAUUUUCACGAUCUCUUAUGAUAUCUUUUGGAUAUGAUUAGCAAAUUUUAUCUGUUUUCUUAACCACAUAUCAGAGAUUUUAUGAUGGAAUAUGAUAAUGUAUAGUUUUACUAUUAUCGACACGCGUCAAUAAUCGAUAGGUUAUUAUUUAGGACUAAAUGAAGUAAUUUUGUCUCAAUUUCUUGAUGAUAUCUUUUGGAUAUAAUUACUAAAUUUUAUCUGUUUUCUUAACCACAUAUCAGAGAUUUUAUGAUAGAAUAUGAUAAUGUAUAAUUUUACAUUUAUCGACACGCGUCAUUAGACUAUAUUGUUUAGGACUAAAUGAAAUAAGUCUUUCACAAUUUCACGAUGAUAUCUUUUGAAUAUGAUUACUAAAUUUUAUCUGUUUUCUUAACCACAUAUCAGAGAUUUAUGAUUGAAUUUGAUAACUUUCAAUUUUACAUUUAUCGACAAAUAUAAAAAAUUAACUUAUUCAGGAUUCUUCUAUAUAAUGAGCUUGGCUUGAUACACUACUCAUCAAGAGAGCGUUUUCUAAGUCUACAAUCAUCUUUGUCUUUGAACCUCUGAGUUGCUUCCCCUUCGAUUAGCUAGCUGCUAUGGAAACCGAUGGUCAGAGAGUGUACUCUGUUCUUACAACAAAUGAAGUUGGUGAGAAGAUGACGAGUGAAAUCAACCAGAUCUCGGAAGUCUUCUUGCUGUCCAAAUCUGAUGCAACCUUAAUCCUAAUCUCUCUCCGUUGGAACUCGUUCAAGGCUUCAGACCGUUUGGGCGACGACAAGGAGAAACUCCUCUCGGACUUAGGUUUGGUUAAAGUUUUCAGUUCGUGUCAAGAAAGCGAUUCUGUGUCUUCUUUCGCAGGUCAUGAAAAUCUGGUCUCCACACCCUUUUGUUCACACGAGUUUUCUGAAACUUGUUGGAAAAGUCAUCUCAACAACCUUCUGGAGAGGAAGACGGAGGAGGAAGAGAGAGUCCUUUGCCCUAACCCAGACUGUGUUGCUCCUGUUGGACCCGAUACGAUUGAGAAACUCACAGAACCAGCUGUGAAGAUGAUGUACGAUAGAUACAUUCUGGGAUCUUUCGUUGAGGCGAACAAGGAAUCGAUCAAGUGGUGUCCUGCGCCAGGUUGCGAAUACGCCAUUGAGCUUCAUGAGGAUCUCUUGGAAGAUGAUGAGUCUUCUCUUGACUUUGGUGUGGUGUGUUUGUGUGGUCACACAUUCUGUUGGAGUUGCACGCUCGAGUCACAUCGACCCGUGACCUGCAAGGAUGCUUCUGUUUGGUUUAGUUCCACCUUGGAUACGUUAAAGAGCAAUGCUUGGCUCCUUGAAAACACCAAACGUUGUCCUAACUGCAACUGUCACGUGCAGAGGACCGAUGACCCUGUUUUGAGAAUGAUAACUUGUAUCUGCAGUUGUAGCUUCUGUUGGCGCUGCUUUCGGUCAGAGGAAGAGCACAACGGAAAAUGGAAUUGUGUUGAAUUCUCUUUUCAGCUAUCAAUGAGACAAGUGGACGAUUCUCGUUACCUGCGUCUGUGGGAGACAUGUCUUGAAGAGUAUGAGAAUUCCAAGUCGGAUCUCAAAGCCAUAGAGGAGAACGGCGUUCCAAGACUGACGGAUAACUGCAGUUUUAACGAGCGAGACGUUGAUGCUGUAAAGGAAGCAUCUCUGCUUAUGGUCCAGUGUAGGCUUGUAUUGAAAUGGAGCUGUGCUUAUGAAUAUUUCAUAGCCAUGUACCAAAGCGCCAAGACGCAGUAUGUGAAGUACCUUCGAGGAGAAGCUACAAAGACACUUCUUAGGCACAUAGCGACUCACGAAGAGUUGAUGAAUAAAGCUCCCACAUCUGGUUAUUUCAGUUCCUUCAAGGUCAAGUUGUCAGACAGUUCAACAAUCACUGGUAACUACUUCCAUGAAUAUGUCAAGACUCUUGAAAGUGGUUUCCCUGAAAUUCAGGUUGACACUUAGUUCCAUAUGUAAUUUAUAAGAUUUUCUCUGGAUCAUUUGAAUGUGUUUGUACUUUGAAGACUUUUGAAUAAUUAACUACCUGUUCGUUUUUGUAUC